AAAUAAAAUAUGAAAAGAAGGAGGAGGAGAAAAGGACCAUUGUAACAGAAAUAUGAACCUUGCAGUUGCAGUAAACUAAACCAUAAUCCAACGAUGUCGUUUUACUUAGGAAUGCCCAUGUUUGCUUUAGCGUGACCUCAGGGCUCAGGUCCACACACCAAUUAGCGCCAUUUCUUUUUCCUUCAAUAUCACUACUUAACGUGUGGGAGUUGAAAUUGAAAGACCCAAAUAAAACAACCUCGCAGCCGUUUUUCUUUUCCACUCUCCAAAGUCCAAACCAAACCCAACAUGUUCGCCGCCUUGCGUCUCCUUCUUCUUCUCUCACUCUUCUCACCACUCACCAAUGCCCAAACCAACGACGAGCGUGAAAUUCUUCUCACCCUAAAAUCCUCCCUCGGGAAAUCAAAUCCCAAACUCUUGGACACGUGGAAUGCCACCAAUUCAGUAUGCACCUUCGGCGGCGUCACCUGCAACUCCCUCCUUUCGGUCACCGAAAUCGACCUCUCCAACCAGUCCCUCUCCGGGGUUCUCCCCUUCCACUCGCUCUGCAACCUUCCAUCGCUCCAAAAACUGGCCUUGGGCUUCAACAACUUAAACGGCAACGUUUCAGAGGAUUUAAGAAACUGCGUCAAGUUACGCUACUUGGACUUGGGAAACAACCUUUUCUCGGGUCCCUUUCCUGACAUAUCUCCGCUCAACCAACUGCAGCAUCUUUUCCUAAACAAAAGUGGAUUUUCGGGGACUUUCCCGUGGCAGUCGCUGUUAAACAUGACGGAUUCUCUGUUACAGUUAAGCGUCGGAGACAACCCUCUGGACUUCACGCCGUUUCCCAAAGAGGUUGUGAGUCUCAAGAAUUUGAAUUGGCUCUACCUAUCCAACUGCACCCUCGGAGGGAAACUUCCGGUGGGACUCGGCAACCUCACGGAGCUAACGGAAUUGGAAUUCUCCGAUAAUUUCAUCACCGGCGACUUCCCCGCGGAGAUUGUCAACCUUCGCAAGCUCUGGCAGCUUGAAUUCUUCAAUAACUCCUUCACUGGAAAGAUUCCAACUGGCUUGAGAAACCUCACCAGACUUGAGAAUUUGGACGGGUCAAUGAAUAAGCUCGAAGGGGAUCUCUCUGAGUUGAAGUACUUAACCAAUAUAGUUUCCUUGCAAUUCUUCGAGAACAACUUGUCGGGGCAGAUUCCUAUUGAGAUAGGCGAGUUCAAACGCCUCACGGCUUUUUCUCUGUACAGGAACAGGUUAACGGGUCCUAUUCCUCAGAAAAUUGGUUCCUGGUCGGAGUUUGACUACAUCGACGUGUCGGAGAAUUUUCUGACAGGGAGGAUCCCGCCGGAGAUGUGCAAAAGGGGGAAGAUGUCCGCGCUGCUCGUCCUUCAGAACAACCUCUCCGGUGAGAUUCCGGCCACCUACGGAGACUGUUUGAGUCUGAAGCGAUUCAGAGUGAGCAACAACUCGCUCUCGGGAACCGUGCCUCCAACGGUUUGGGGAUUGCCAAACGCGGAAAUAAUCGAUAUCGAGCUGAAUCAGUUGGAAGGUUCGAUCACUUGGGAUAUCAAAAACGCGAAAACGCUGGCAACAAUAUUCGGCCGGAAGAACCGGUUGGCCGGUGAAUUACCUGAAGAAAUCUCAAAAGCGACAUCGUUAGUGAGUGUGGAUUUAAGCGAGAAUCAAAUUUCGGGGAAGAUUCCAGAAGGGAUAGGCGAGCUUAAAGAACUAGGUAGCCUUCAUUUACAGAGCAAUAAAUUAACAGGUUCGAUACCGGAAUCUCUAGGUUCCUGUAAAUCACUAAACGACAUUGACCUGUCGAGGAAUUCACUCUCUGGUAAAAUCCCCUCCUCGUUGGGUUCUUUCCCCGCUCUGAAUUCUCUCAACCUCUCAGAGAAUCUUCUCUCAGGCGAAAUCCCGGCAAGUUUAGCGUACCUCAGGUUAAGCCUCUUUGAUUUAUCCAACAACCGGUUAACCGGUCCAAUUCCGCAGGCUCUAACACUAGAAGCUUACAACGGAAGCCUCUCUGGAAACCCUAAUUUAUGCAGCGUGGACGCAAUUAGCUACUUCAAACGUUGCUCUGCUUCCUCAGGCAUGUCCAAGGACAUGCGCGCACUCCUCAUUUGCUUCGCUGUAGCGUUGAUGCUGUUGCUCUCUUGUCUCGCAGUUUACUUACAGUUAAAGAGGAGAAGAGAGGAGGGUGAGAAAAGAUACGGGGAACGUUCUCUGAAGGAGGAAUCAUGGGACGUGAAAUCGUUCCACGUGUUGAGUUUCUCCGAAGGGGAGAUUCUAGAUUCCAUCAAGCAGGAGAAUCUGAUAGGUUCGGGAGGCUCGGGGAACGUGUACAGAGUCACGCUUUCCAAUGGAAAAGAACUCGCAGUGAAGCAUAUCUGGAACAGCGACUUCCCCGCGAGGAGAAAAUCGUGGAGCAGCACUCCCAUGCUGAAGCGUGGCAAGUUGAAGGAGUUCGACGCCGAGGUGCAGGCAUUGAGCUCCAUUAGGCACGUGAAUGUUGUGAAGCUCUAUUGCAGCAUAACAAGCGAGGAUUCGAGUUUGUUGGUGUACGAGUAUUUGCCCAAUGGAAGCUUGUGGGACCGGCUUCACACCAGUCGGAAAAUGGAACUUGAUUGGGAAACACGAUACGAAAUUGCGGUCGGUGCAGCCAAAGGGUUGGAGUAUUUGCAUCAUGGGUGUGAAAGGCCAGUUAUUCAUAGGGAUGUCAAAUCGAGUAACAUAUUGUUGGACGAGUUUCUCAAACCUAGGAUUGCGGAUUUCGGUCUUGCUAAGGUUGUUCAAUCCAACGUUGGGAAAGAUUCUUCUAGUCAUGUCAUUGCUGGAACUCACGGCUACAUAGCUCCUGAAUAUGGAUACACAUACAAGGUGAAUGAGAAGAGUGAUGUCUAUAGUUUUGGAGUGGUGUUGAUGGAGUUGGUGACUGGGAAGAGGCCAAUGGAACCGGAAUUUGGGGAAAAUAAGGAUAUAGUGAGUUGGGUGCAUAACAAGGCACGGAGCAAAGAGGGGCUUAGGAGUGUCGUAGAUUCGAGAAUUCCGGAGAUGUAUAAAGAGGAAGCUUGCAAGGUGUUGAGAACUGCAGUUUUGUGCACGGGGACUCUUCCAGCUUUGAGACCCACCAUGAGAGCAGUGGUUCAAAAACUUGAGGAUGCUGAGCCUUGUAAAUUGGUUGGGAUUGUUAUUAGCAGUGAAAAGAAAAGUGGGGUCAACGACAAAUAAUAAGAUUGUGGAUCAUCAAGAGGAACCAAUCACCUCCACGAGUUAAUGUAAAUUUUGCUCCAAAGAAGGAACAUUGUAAAAUAUUAGUCAUUGCUUCUGCAAUUUUAGUAUUUUGAAGUGGAAGACCAGGCUACCAGCGUGGUAAAAAGGUCUCCUAAGUACUAAGAAAAAAUGAAGCAAAAUCUUUCCUUCUUUCUUACUACUAAUUACCAGUUAAAUGAAACUAGUGGUGUUCAAAUAAUUGGUUUUUUUGGAUUCCGUGUAUCAUAGAUAUUACUAAUAUAAGAUGGUUUUAACUUGUUCAUAUUA